AGACUGAGGUGGGCAAACGGUUGAACAGGGGCUGCGUUCAUCACUGAAGUUGGUUGCCACGUAGUUGGCAUUCUUGCCAUGUAUUUAUACUUUUGUACUAAAUGAGGGUAGCGUUUAAAUUAUCUUUUGUGCUCACUGUCAGCAGGUAAUUUAUUUUUCUAUCAAAAUGAUUCUCUUUUCUCUUUUUGCGACAUUUCCUCCACUCUUUCUGUUUGUCAGUGGGGGGAAACUGCCCGAGCCUGAGGUGAAAAUUGAACUCGUAUACAAACCCUUCAUGUGUUCCCGCAAAUCAAAAUAUGGAGACAUGCUGCUUGUUCAUUACGACGGGUUCUUGGAGAGCAAUGGCACCAUGUUUCAUUCAAGGUAAUCUGACUCAAAAAGAUCUAAGAAUGCUGCAACACUUCAAGUCGGACAUUUUUGGGGGUAUAGGGGAGAGUGGGGUAAGAUGAGCCAUUUUCAUAUUUCAGAUCACUACAUCAAGACAAUCAUAGUUUUGUCUCUAACUAGUGUAUCUGCAUAUAUUUCAAGAUGUUGUGCAUCCCUGCAAACCAAUAGAAUGAGUGUAAACAUAACUGUCUUGAUAAUAUAGCAUGCCAGAAAAAAGUGGUCUCCUAUGAUAGGAGCGGGGUUAAGUUGAACCAUAUCCCUACUACCCCCCGCCCUCCCUCACCUUAUCUCUCCCUAAAUAACACUCACCUCUUCUCAUUCAUGUGUAUUUUUAUGUAUUAUACACUAUUCAACUGGUACAAUAAUUCUUGUUAUUAUUACUGCAUAUAACUGUUAAAAAGCUGUUUUGUGAAAAAGCCAUUUUAACAUGAGGAUGCCUUUAAGUGAUUCAGAACAUUCACAGCUGUAUUUUUGAAAAGAAAAAGUUACACAUUUCAACAAUCUGAACUGAAACUCUGAUCCUCUCAUCAGACUUCUUUACUUUCUCAGUUGAGUCACUAGCUCAACUUACCCCAGAACUACUAUUAUGACUUUAUUAGUCCUCUAAGCUAAAAUGGUUGACUUUUAUGCUAGGUUUUUGACCUCAUGUUGUAGCUCAUAGAUACCACAAUAAAAUGAUCUUUUUUGGUCUGAACACAAUUAUAAUAAAACUUAUGACAGACUAAAUUCAUUUUCAAAAGUAAAAAAAAUGUUUUUUUUGGAAAUAAUUGUCUAACCCUGUCACCCAUGUACUUCUAACCUUCACAGACUCCAUUUAUUGAUGCCCAUCUCCUAAAUAUUUGGUCACAUGAUCAAUUUCUUUUACCAUUUCCAAGCAACAGGGGGUGGCUCAACUUACCCUUUGGCUCAACUUACCCCACUCUCCCCCUACUUAGCUUUAAAAAUCAAGUAUCUAAAGUACCAUAUUGCAGUCUUUUCUUGACAUCUCAGCAUUGUCCAUCAGGAACAACCAUUUGAAAACCGUAGCCACAAACUUGAGAGAUCUGUGAUGUAUCUUUGUAACUCUUGGCAGCCGCAGAGAUGGAGAUCCAGUGUGGUUCACUCUCGGGAUCAAAGAGGUGCUCAAAGGCUGGGAUAAGGGUCUCAAAGACAUGUGCACAGGAGAGCGCAGGAAAAUCACUGUCCCUCCAUCUCUGGCAUAUGGCAAGGAAGGAAAAGGUAACAUACAGAGAAAGAACACAAAAACUUAUAAGAAGUUUGUUGCAUCAAAACUCUCUCUAUUUUUGUUCUACCAUGAUGAAAAUGUAUAUUACCAAUUUUACAGGAAAGAUCCCUCCAAGCAGUACCCUCAUUUUUGAAGUUGAGCUUAUGGACAUCCGAAAUGGUCCAAGGUCACACGACUCUUUCCGGGAGAUGGAUCUCAAUGAUGACUGGAAACUUUCCAGACAGGAGGUUUGAUGAUCUAUCUAUCUACCUCGUCUCCAUUUCUAUAUCUGAAGAAUUUGACUAUCCCUAAAAAUCUAUAUUAUUCUCUGUCCACUAUAGGUGAAAGAGUACCUGAAGAAAGAGUUCCAGAAACACGGAUAUUCGCCUAAUGACACUCACCAUGAAGUGAUGGUGGAUGACAUCUUUAAUAAUGAAGAUGAAGAUAAAGAUGGUUUUAUAUCUGCGAGGGAAUUUACCUACCAGCAUGAUGAGCUCUGAUUUUGGCUAUGUUUUCAAACCACCAGAGUGUUGGUCUUGAAAGAUCAUCAGGACAUGACAUGGACUUUGGGAUUGUGAACUGGUCACCGGGGAGUUUUCAAGGACUUACAUAACACUUUACAAGUAUUGUCUUAUGUCUGGUUAAACUUGAAGACACAAUCUCCACAUUUUUUAGUAGUAUUUAUAUGAAAUGAGUUUUACAUCUCCAUUCUCCAUGCACUGACAAUGUCAUUAUAAAUGUGUUAUAGCUGCAGUAACGGCUUACAUGAAAAAGGUAUUUUAAAUUUUACAAGAACUUUAAAUAAGUUUAAAAUACAUGUGCCAAUGGAUAAUAUGUCAUGCUAUUUACAAUGACAGAGGUUGUUAAAACCAAACGGGACCAUUAAUAUGAACAAAUGGUCAAUGAUUGUUUUUGUCUGUGCAUUUCUGCUUUUAUCACUAGAGGGCACUCUUGUCCCAGACUUUUGGAUUGUAAGCACACAUCAAAUCUUUAAACACAAACAUGCUGUAAGCAGUCCAUUUCAAUUUCUAGAUGUAAUACUGUUACCAGCGGAUCAAAUUAAUGAAUGGGAAUAAAGUGAAUCUACCAUUCAGUGUGAUCACAAACAUUUUUUGUAAAAGCAUGCAGCUGGCUUUUAUGUCUGGGUUUGUUCUCGCAGUGAUGAAUAUUCUAAAUUGAGCACUCGCCUUGAAGCAUUUUUCUACAAAAGGAUUUGUUUUCAUACAAUUCCCGGUACAUGUAUCAUUGCAGUCAUUCAAUGUUGUUUCUUUGGUGGUGUGGAAAGUGCUUUAACAGGGUGGAACAACAGAUAUGCUGAAGUACUUAAACAUAAUACCUGUCCUUAAAAAUAGAAAACAGGUAUGUAGAAGAUAGUUAAGUUAUGAAGAACAAAACAAACAAGAUAAAAAUCACCUGACGUCAUUGAACAACUCCUGUUUAAGUCAUAGCCUCGCCUAAAUGCAUUCAUUGUGUGUCAAACAUCAUGUGAGUCCACAUAGCCACUUGUUUAUGUUCUGAAAAACAGACUAUUUUGAGAAAAGAAGG